AUGUAUGCAACGCAGAGUGCCAUCCGCAGCGUUCCAAAAGGCGACAGCGCCUCGAACGCCAUCAAGUCGUUGACGGCUAUUCAUCAGAUCACUGGCCAAUAUCUCAACAAAAAGGAUACCCAAGCCGAUUAUAAAAACACCAGUCCAAACUCCGACCGCGAAAUCGAGGCCUUCUCAAUCCUGACUCAGGUGAAGCAGUUGCUGGCAUCCUCCGGGCUACAGGAUGGUGUCGGUGUCCCAGCUGCUAUCCAUUCUACCCCCAGACAUGCCGGAAAGCCUUCAGGUAGUGCCCGUCCGCCCCAGGAGGCUAUCAUGGGACUAUUCGCGCAGAUGAGCGCGGCAUCAGCCAUCAAUCUUUUCGAACACUGGGGCGUCUUUGACGCGAUCCCCGUCCCUCAGGAGGUUAGUGGUGCUGGCGCGGAGAUUUCAUUUGCAGAUCUUGCAAAGAAGGUUAACGUCGAGGAGGCUCUGUUAAUUCGCAUCUCCAACAUGCUCACUGCGACCUCCAUCCUUGGCCGGUUUCGAGACGGCCUUUACCACACACCUACAUCCCUUUGCCUGGUCUCGGCACACCCGAUGUCGGCCAUGUUCGCACUCUUGUACACAAACAUUGUCUCUGUCUCAACAAGCCUCCCGUCCUACUUCGACACAUAUGGACGCCGAGAACCCGUCGGGGUCAACCAUGUCCCCAUCACUUUCCAUGAGGGCAAGCCGGAACUCAAGUACUUCGAACUGGUCAAUCAAGACCCCAAGCGUAUGAACGAGUUCAUGAAAGCCAUGUCCAUCACCCAUUCGUCAAGGGUGCCAACCACCGGCAUGUACGACAUGAACUCGGUGCUAUCCAUUGCGAGAACUGACCGGGAAACGGUCUGGGUGGAUAUUGGCGGUGGCGGCGGCCACACGGUGAAGUUGUUUCUGCAGGAAUAUGGCCGUGAUGGGUUGAAAGCCAGCCAGUGUGUGGUACACGAGUUGGAAGAUGUCGUGGAGGGUGCCAGCAAGGCGGCUCAAGAAGACGAUCUUAUCAAGGAUGUGAGGUUUUUGCCGCUGGACUUUCAUCGUGAGAGUCCCAUCAAGGGCGCCCUCAUUUAUUAUCUGCGCCACAUCAUGCGAGAUUAUUCCGACCAGGUUUGCGCCAACAUCUUGCGAAAUGUCGCCCGCUUCCUCUCCAGCGAAGCUCGGAUCCUCAUCUCAGAGCAGAUCACUCCGGACUACCCCGGUAUGGACUCACAACCGUCCUCUCAGCAGAUUUACGCUGCUUUUAAGGACUUUUCGAUGCUUCCAAUUGGCGGAAAGGAACGCAGCCUUGAUCAAUGGAGGUCUGUUGCCGCUGAGGCUGGCUUGGAGAUCUUUCGCGUGUACAUGGAUCCGAAGGGAACUCCCCAUGGUGUUGUUGAGUUGAAGCUCGUGGACAUUAGGAGCGAAGAGGUCCAUGUGUAG